AGGCUACGUACUGCGGAUGCUCGCCGGCCCCGUCGCCUUCCUUUCUUCUCCACGCUCGCUGUGCUAUUUCAUCGAUGCUGGUUCCGUCUUAUCCAUCAUGAGGACCGCAUUUCUUUGCGCGCUCGCUGCGCUUUUCCACUUUUAUUCCCCCGUCGGAGCCUCCAGCGACAAGUCCAAACAGGCACCGAAGCCCUGCACAAUCCACUCUCCCACAACCGACCGAUUCUUCGACCUCAACCCCAUCCAGGUCGUGCUGCCAGAGGAGGGCGAGAAGGUACACAAGGGCGACCGAACCGAAAGCUGGCAUGCAAAGGGCUACGACUAUGGCGCAAACUUCACCAUCAACUUCUGCGGGCCGGUAGUUGAAGAGCUUAAUGAGGUCAAGGAUUUAGACAAGAGCUUGUACCGGAAUGUCAGCGCUUUCUACGAGAGGGAUGGAGUGCAGUACGCGAUCGGCCUCGAGAACUCCGAGCCCGUCUUCCGCGGCCGCAAACUCGUUUUGAACUACACCGGCGGAUCCCUCUGCUCCUCUGGCCACUCGAAGCGUGCCCUCCUCCCUCACAAUGCAGAAGACCUCGCUACUCGUGAGAAGUACGAUGAUGACGACGACGAGGACAAGGACGAUCCAGGAGACGAUGAACCCAAGAAGAAGCCGACCAAAGGCUCCGACGAACGCCGCAAGUCUACAAUCAUCUCUCUUCUUUGUGAGAAAGACCCGCUGGCGACCACCGCGAUUGCAUUCGUUGCAGCAAGCGAAGACGAAUGCACCUACUUCUUCGAGGCUAGGACCAGCGCCGCCUGUGGCGGGAUCGAGGCUGCUAAGCAGACGCUCGGACCGGGCGGCGUUUUCGGUGUGAUUGCUUUGAUUGCGGCCUUGGUUUAUUUAGUCGGUGGCUGUGUAUAUCAACGCACAGUCAUGCAUCAGCGUGGAUGGCGUCAAUUGCCCAACUAUUCCAUGUGGGCUGGAAUCGGAGGAUUUAUCUGGGACGUGGUCAUCAUCCUGACCUCUUCAUGUGCACGCCUCCUUCCCUCACGCCGAGGCUACAGCCGAGUCUCUCUAGGCCACGAAAAUGGACGAGAUCGCGGCCGGGGACACCGAAAUGACGAUGAGAACCGACUGAUUGACAAUCUGGACGAAGAAUGGGAGGACUAAACACUUCAAUGUACCUUUCGCAUUUUACAAGGAGCAUUUGGCGUUCGGGUAAAGGCAUGGCUUGAGAUACGAAGUGUAGGAUAGGAUAGGAAGUGGCGUUGCAUUGUUUUAGUGCCGAAGCAAGGCGACAGCCAGAACAAAGCACUCGGAGGACAUAUUUUCGCAUCUACGUGCUCUUCAAUAGACAGGAUAUUAUCGCCUCGUGCCUAGGACGUGAUGUUUGCCGUUAGCUCAACAUACUUGACAUUUGAGCUAGGCGACAGGUG